AUGGACGGAAGCGUCAAGAAGCUUCCUGGGUUCAGCCGGCCUAAAGUGGCAGCAUAUCCCUUCCAUCCAAUUUCCCCUUUAAUUCUCAACAAAUCAUCUGGAGGAACAAAGGGACCUUUGGCAGCAGCAGCCACUGUAAUUUCCCCUUCAUUUAAGUCGAACUUCAUCCUCGCAUUCAGAUCUGAUGCUCCUGUUACAAAGGAAGAAGAAACUUCGGCACUAGAGGAAGCACAGUCAUCUGUUUCAUUUUCUUCGAGGCAGCCAACGUUCUUGGGUUCUCUCAACUCUGUGUUUUUUUGUUCUUCUCGGCUAGAUAAGCACGAUGCUGAUUUUCAGCCCUCUCUUUCAAAUUUGGUUGUGAUAUUGAAUAAUAAUUGUCACUCGUGCACUAUGAUGUUGGGAGUCUGCCAGUAA